AUGGCGCUGAUCAUCUCUAUACGUGUGGAUUCGAUAAUUCCGUCCAUACAAACCUCUGCUCCUCGAAUUUCUCCUGCGUCCAUUUCACAAUCCACCUGUCCCCCCGGCUCAACCCAUCAUGCUAUCUCCAAACCAGCCUUACUGGGCAUCCUUGCCUCUAUUGCGCCUCUAGCAUCCAGUCACUCGCUAGAGGCCCGCUCCAAGCGAUGCGUGAUCCCCUCCCAAUACGCAUCCUCGCAGGGCCGCGCAGAUGACUCGCCCGCCGUCGCCAGCGCCUUCGCGCAGUGCGCGCACGACGCAACCAUCAUCUUCCAAGCCGGCGUGGACUACAACGUCUUCCAACUCAUCAAGGCCACGAACCUCAGCAACGCCGAGAUCCGCAUGCUGGUGCAGCGCAUCGUGGCCGGCGGCCAAUCGACCUGGUUCACGUUCCAGGGCCCGCGCGUCGACUGGACCGGCCCGGACGACGUGGCCCAUGGCUGGAUCGACUCCCUCGGCCAGGCGUGGUGGGACGCCAACCCGGCCAACAGCAGCGGGCUGCCCAACCGCCCGCACCGGAUGAGCUACCCAGACCAGCCAGGCGCGGCUGACCAACUUCCGCUCGCGCAAGCCCCAUCGCGUGGAACGGCUCCCGCAUCCGCAUCGCCGACAGCAUUAUGUACAACGGCGACAACGCCAUCGCCGUCGCACGACAUCGCCUUCGAGCGCAACACCAUCGGCUUCCAGUCGCACGGCAUGAGCAUCGGCUCGCUCGGCAAGAAACCCACCGACCCCGCCAACAUCACCAACCUGCGCUUCGAGGACGUCACCGUCGUCGACGCCCUGUAUGUCGCCCGCUUCAAGUUCUGGGUCGGCGGCUCCGGCCUCGUCAAGAACGUCGUCUGGAAGAACAUCCGCGUCCACAACGUGACCUUCCCCAUCUUCGUCACUAAGAGCUACUGGGACCAGGGCGCGACCCGGCCCGGUACCGUCGACCCUUCCUCCUCCGUCAUGAUGGAGGAUUUCACCUGGUCCGACUUCUCCGGGUCCAUCAACACCUUCCAGCCGGGCGAUGAGUCCUGCGUCUCCCAUCCCUGCUGGUACAACAACGGCCUUGCGAACCUGAACCACACCGAGCAGCGAUCGUCCUCGAGCGCAACACCGACUCCUCGUGCAAGAACUUCGUCCCGAAGAAUAUCAGACUGUACCCGCGGAGCCAGGCGCCGCCCAGCGUCGUCUACAUCAAGGCCGCAGCGGAGCUGA